GUUGAACAACUGUGACAUUGAGUCUAAUUCUCUCUUUAUUUUUGUUUCACAUACUUACCGCCUCUGGUCAUAUAUUAGACCCUGCAGUGCUCUAAAAACUUGUCUUGGGACUUGAACGCCACAACAUUAAGUCUUAAUGUUUGACUGUUAAAAUCUUGGAACAAAAAAAGUCAAAGAAUCCUACGGCUGUAAUAUUGAUAAGAAGAUUGGUCUCACCCUUCAGAGCGGUGUCCGAUCUAACUCUUGGCAAGAAAGCGAAUGAGGAUAUUUUCCACGACUCUUUUGCUAACGAGUUGAGGAGAUACUUAUCGUACCUUUCACCAAUAUGGUUUGAUUUAUUUUUCAGAGCUGCCUCAUCCUCCACUCUGUUUCAUGUCUGUUUCUCCUUAUAACACAUUAGUUUUUUCAAGGAAGGAUUGAGGCAGUAGCCAAACUACGAGCCAUGGCAGCAUACUAUUCACUGGCAUUUAGCACAUUUGGCUCAAACUAACACAAUUUGACAGCUAUUAUUGUUAAAAAUGCUUAUUGUAUGUGUGUGUAUCUUCCUCACCCUGAGUAGGAUGGAAAGGUGGUGUGUCAGCAGGUAUCUUGCCCUUCAUUAUCCUGCAUCUAUACAUCCUUCAUCGAUGGAGAGUGCUGUCCUAUCUGUCUCGUGCAUGUGUGUGCGUGGUUUUAAAGAUGAUGAAAACGUCUGGUCGCCGUGGUCUGAGUGGACCGACUGCUCGGUCACCUGUGGACGUGGAGGGCAGCAAAGAGGCCGGACCUGCAAUGACAUCAAGCCGUCCUGUGCCGGCCCGUCAGUCCAAACCCGCAGCUGCAUGCCCAUGAAGUGUGACCCCAAGGCGCAUCCUGAUGGGAACUGGGGCCUUUGGUCUCCUUGGUCCGGGUGUACCACCACAUGCGGAGACGGCAGCGUCACACGGGUUCGUCUCUGCAGCAACCCCCCGCCACAGAAGGGGGGCAGAGGGUGCACGGGCAGCGCCAUGGAGACGCAGCCGUGCAACAAUACACUCUGCCCCGUUGCUGGAGGCUGGACAAGCUGGACUGAGUGGUCACUGUGCUCAGAGUCGUGCGGCGGAGGUCUUACGAGUCGCCAGCGAGAGUGUUUGAACCCCGCCCCUCAGCAUGGUGGGAAGCCUUGUGCUGGAGACGUUGUGGACUAUGAAGCCUGUAACAAACAACCAUGUCCUCCAGACACAUGUUUGCUCUCAAAUCCAUGUUUUCCUGGAGUGGAGUGCACAUCACACAGCGAUGGAUCAUGGGAGUGUGGACAUUGUCCGUUGGGUUUCAAUGGAAACGGCACUCACUGUGAAGAUGAGAAUGAGUGUGAAGUGGCGAGUGUGUGUGUCACAGAGUGUGUAAACACAGACCCUGGCUUCUACUGUCUGCCCUGUCCUCGUCGCUUUAAAGGCAGCCAGCCGUACGGCCUCGGCCUGCAGGAGGCCCAGAACACCAGGCAGGUGUGCGAGCCAUACAAUCCUUGCAAAGACAACACACACACCUGCCACAAGUAUGCUCAGUGUGUGUACCUGGGCCUGGCCUCCGAGGUUUUGUUCAAGUGUGUGUGCGCUGUUGGGUUCGCUGGCGACGGCUUCCUGUGUGGUGAAGACUCCGAUCUGGACGGCUGGCCCAACACCCGAUUAACCUGCAAACAGAAUGCCACCUAUCACUGUCAAAAGGAUAACUGCCCUACGCUACCGAACUCUGGACAGGAAGACCUGGACAACGACGGACAGGGAGACGCCUGUGACCCCGACGACGACAACGACGACAUCGGAGACGAGAGGGACAACUGCCCGCUGGUGUACAACCCCCGGCAGUUUGACUCCGACCGAGACGGGGUGGGGGACCGCUGUGAUAACUGUCCGUUUGAUAGCAACCCACAGCAGACAGACUCUGAUGACGACGGAGAGGGAGACGCCUGCAGCAUCGACAUGGAUGGAGACGAGGUUCUAAAUGACCGAGACAACUGUCCCUUCGUCUACAACACUGACCAGAGGGACACAGACCUGGAUGGUGUUGGAGACCAGUGUGACAACUGUCCCCUUCUGAACAACCCACUGCAGCUGGACUCUGACAGCGACUUGGUGGGGGACAUGUGUGACGACAACGAGGACAUCGAUGAGGACGGCCACCAAAACUCUCUCGACAACUGUCCCUACAUUGUCAACAGCAACCAGGCCGACCACGACAAGGACGGGAAGGGAGACGCGUGUGACCAUGACGACGACAACGACGGUAUCCCCGACGACCGGGACAACUGCAGACUGGUGCCGAACAGAGACCAGCUGGACACUGACGGUGAUGGGAGUGGAGAUGCAUGCUUUGAUGACUUUGACAAUGACAGCAUUCCCGAUGAGCUGGAUCCAUGUCCACUGAACCAGGAUAUCGGGUCCACCGACUUUAGGAAGUUCCAGGUUGUUUUGUUGGACCCUAAAGGGACCACGCAGUCUGAGCCGCUCUGGGUGAUCCGCAGCCAAGGCACCGAGCUGCUGCAGAUGGCCAACUCGGACCCUGGCAUCGCUUUAGGAUAUGAUAAGUUUAGCGCUGUGGACUUCAGUGUGACAUUUUAUGUGAAUACCAACCGAGAUGACGACUACGCGGGCAUUGUGUUCGCCUACCAGUCCAGUCGACGCUUCUAUGUUGUCAUGUGGAAACAGGUGUCUCAGGCCUACUGGGAGAAAAAGCCGUCCAAAGCUUUUGGCACAGUGGGAGUUUCGAUUAAGCUGGUCAACUCCACCACCGGGCCAGGAGAGUAUCUACGCAACGCCCUGUGGCACACGGGAAACACCAGACACCAGGUCAAAACAUUGUGGCAUGAUCCCAAUAAAAUUGGCUGGAAGGACUAUACAGCCUACCGUAUGCAUCUCAUCCACAGACCCAAGACCGGGUUCAUCAGGGUGGUGGUGUACGAGGGACGGGGCAUUUUAUCCGACUCGGGCGCCGUGUACGACCACUCGCUGGCUGGAGGCCGGCUGGGACUGUUUGUCUUCUCUCAGGAACACGUCCUCUUCUCAGACCUCAGAUAUGAGUGCAGAGAUAACUGAAUUAUUUCCCACCGGAUAUUCAGGAAACUCUUCAACAACCCGCCAGAGAUCCACAUUCAUUUCAGAAAUGCUGAAUACAACUGGGCGACAGAGACACCUGAUCACUAAUUAAUAGCUCCGGUUGGACAAAGGCUGCGACGAUCAACUAGCCAUCAUCUAUCUAUCACCUUUUAUGCAACGGUAUUGAUUUGAGGCUCUCAUUCGCUGUAUAUUACUGUCAGACUCAGACAGCAUCUCUAAUGAUUGUAACUUCUCUUUGCUUUUUAUAUGCAAAUGGUUGUAAAUAAUUAUUUAUUGCCAGAUAUGAAAGGGAGUGAUGGCUGGAUAAAUACAUGAUGGAGUGAGUAGAGAAGCACUAUGCAAUUGUCUGGUGGUAACUUAAUAAUAAUAAGUAAAAACAAUUGCAAUCGUUUUUCUUUUCUGAGGAGCUAUAUUUCACAUAAUAUUGUGGAAAUGUGGUCUCCAGCGCCCCUCAGUGGUGAAAUAAAUAACUUCAACUGAUGAGCGGGAGAGAAGAAAAUGCUGUCAAAUGUUGAGUAAUUUAUAGUAAUGUAUUUAUGUCGUAAGCACACAUGGUAAAAAACAAAGCAUUUUGGAUUAAAUUCAUGCAUUCAAACGUAAGUAAAAGUACAGAGGUAGCUAUUGUCAACAAAGUAUAUUAAAUUAUUAAAACCGAAAGUACAGUAGCCUACAGAAUGGACCCUGUCAGUGUUUUCUGUAACACAUUAAACAUUAACAUCUCCUCUGUAAUAGAAGUACACAGCAGCAGAACAAGGAACAUGGGUGCUGUGUGUAGUCAAGUUAAGUCCAAGUGCACAUCCUGGAAGAACUAGACAAAGAGUAAAUGUAUAUUUCAGGGAAAUAUAUCGAGCCUUUACAAAUAAUUCAUUCAUUGUA